GAUUUGCGGCGGGUGACUUGAUUGGGCCUGAGCGUACGCGGAGGGUGAGCGGCCUUCCUGCUUUCCUGUCCCGAGCGACGGGCUGUGACUUCCGCUCAGCGCGACCUCCGGAGACUCCUUUUCCCGCUCAUGCAUGGGCUUCCUCCUGCUUCAUUAGCGCGUCCGGUGGAUGGAGUAGAGGGGUAAGAGCCGUGUUGGUCCGGAAGAGGUUGGCCUAGGCUCGUCCGUUUGAAAGGGAUGUCGGCUCGUUCAGUCGGAUUGGCUUUCCCGUGGAGCUCCGUUUAGGAUUUGGAGCUCUGCCCCCUUCAUCAGGCUUUGGCUGUGACUUCAAGGAAGCUGCUUCGCGCAACUUUCCUUGUUGAGAAUCAAGCGUGUAGGCUAGUUCCCUGUAAUGUAAGUUCCUGCCGCUUGUGUAAAAUGGGCGGUUCUUUUCACCCGUAGUACUGUAUAUAUUUUCUUCGCUAAUGAGAUAAUUUAGUAUGGUACUGCAAAUAAUGAGCUUCCCCCUAAAAGUGGUUAAAGGUAAUUCAUGAGUCUCGCUGACUAAGCAAUGGUGUGCUCAGUUUGGGAUUAUUAUUUUUUUUUGUCAAAGAACGGUGUCUUAAUUCCAACAGCCAGUAAAUAGAUUGCUCCUAACUGAUAUUUUCAUAUCCUACCACAAGCUGUCAAGCAGGUAAAACCUUUUUUAAAAAUUACAUUUUAGUUACAUUAUUAGAUUUCUAUCCAUAAUUCUUUUUCAGAAGCUAAAGUAAUAGACAUAAAUUCUGUGCUCCCUUAACUUCUGAGUACUCUGAGUACAUUGGCUGUGAGAUUAUGUCUGUCCCAAAGUCAUCCAGGGAGCUGUCAUAGUUAAAGAUGGACUUGAAUGGAUCUCCCAAGUCCAACACUUUUAACCACUGCAUUACAAUAUGUCUUUUACUAUUUUUCAUUGUUGUUGCAAGACUCUUUUAAAACAGUAUUUUUAAUUUCAGUAUUUUGAUUUAAGAAUUAAAUUAUUAUGGGAAAAUGAAAAGAGGAGUACAAAUUCUAAUUCUUUACUUCUCACCAUUUUCCUGGUCCUAUACUACUGAAGAAGCUACAUACAUCAAGAAUCAAAGGUAAAAUCAGAUGCAGAAACAAAUUUAGAUGUACUGUAAGUAUCUACACUUCACUGUUUUCUGUGUAUUUGAAUGAGGGCAGCAUUUCCAUGGUGACUGUUUACACUUUUCAUAGCACAGCCAGUCAUCACUGAAGUGAUACAAAGCCUGUCUUUAUUACAAGUAUCUUCACUUACCUGGAAGUUACAGUAGCACUAAAAAGGAGAUUUAUGAUUGGUCCUUGAAACUGCAACAUCCUCCUGGUCAUGUGAUUUGGUUGCCUCAAGACCAGCAUACAUUUACAAUGAUCACAAUGUCUCACAAUCACCGUUUGCAACCUUCACAGCUGGCUUCCAACAAGCAAAGUCAAGGAGGAAGCUGGCAGGAAGUCACAAGCUACAAAAGGGUUUUUGGAUUGUAUGACUAGAUUGCAUCAGAAUUUGAAUUACUGUAGGGAGGUGGAUAAGUUUUGAGCAAAAUAAUCCACUUUUUAAACAUGCUAAGAAGCUGUGUUUAUACACUAUAGUUGUUUGAAUGGGAAAUGAAUGGGUGGAAUAGAAAGCUAUGGAGUAUUCUGCUUCACGAAUCAGAUAUUGAACUCUUGACUGAAAAGUAUGGCUGAUUUGGGUGCAGCACAAGAUCCCUUGCAUCUUUGUGUUUAUCCCAGUAAAGUUUAUUUGAUUAUUCAUUUGGAAGUUUUAAUUAUUGGUCUUUUUUCUAACAUUUUUUUUAAUAUGCAGGAACUAGUUGGAUUGGGAUUAAAGCAUAGUUGAAAGAAGCACAGAAUGUCAUAUAGAAGAGAUGAAAUGUGGUCUGAGCGGUAUGAAUAUGAAAGAUUACCACGAGAAAGACUUCCUCCACGUCCUGAUGAUGACUAUCAUCGAGUAGUCAGUUUUGCAUCCAAGAAACCACCACUUACUGAAAGACCUGGUGAAGGAGGCUAUAGUAGAUAUGAAUAUGGCCAUGCUCAUGUAGGCUACAGAGACUAUGAUGAAGGUAGAGGUUUUGCCCCCGAACGAAGAAGUGGACUACCACAUAGAAUUGAUGAUCCAGGAUAUAGAUGGUCAAGAGAAGACCAUUCGGAUAGUCGGCCACCUGAUUAUAGAGAUGGCAUACGACGGAAACCUAUAUAUCCACAGUAUGCAAGAGAUCGCUCCCCACAUAAAAGGGAUUCCCCUUACUUCAGAGAAUCACCGAUUGGCCGGAGAGAAUCGCCUCACAGCAGAUCUGGCUCCAGUGUCAGCAGCAGAAGUUAUUCGCCUGAUAGAAGCAAAGCCUACACCUUCCAUCAGUCCCAGCAUAGCAGAAAGAGAUCUUCAACUCAGAGUUUGAAGACUUCAAGGGAUGUGUCUCCUUCAGGAGCUACAGCACUACCACCUGCAAAAACUCUGGACAAAAGCAACAGAUUAUCAGAAAAGGAGCUUGCAGAGGCUGCAAGCCGAUGGGCAGCUGAAAAGGCAGAGAAAGUAGAGGCAAGCAGUGUACCUGAAAUUUCAGAGUAUGACGCCACAUCCUCAGAUCCAUUAUAUAUAGACCACCAUGAAGAAACAGGUGCUAGUAUAACAGACAGCAAUCAAUUAUUUGAAGACAACCAUCAUCUUAGUCGCUCAAAGGCAAUUGCUCAAAAGACAAAGGAAAUUGAACAAGUAUACCGACAGGAUUGUGAAACUUUUGGUGCUGUGGUGAAGAUGCUGAUUGAAAAAGACCCUACAUUAGAAAAACCUGUUCAGUUUUCUUUGAGACAAAAUUUGCAUGAGAUUGGUGAGCGAUGUGUUGAAGAACUUAAACACUUUAUUGCAGAAUAUGAUUCUACGAGUCAAGAAUUUGAAGAAACGUAAGAAAAAUUAUGGGUUACUCAUAUAUAAAGGCUACCUGAUUCAUGUAUGCUAAUCUUCUAAAUGUGUUCAUCUUGCAUUUGAUCUCUUCAUAAAUUUGAAUUAAUUACAAAACAACAAUAUCAUUUAUUUAGUUGAUUCUGUUUGGAAAAUACAUUGAAUAUAUAAAUUUCAGUCCAUGUCAGCCAUAUUUUGAAGAUCCUUAACAGAAAGUUGCUCCAAUUAUUGAAGCAGGUUGCUGAGUAUGACAGACCAUUUUGUAAUUUUAUUGAUAUUGAUGAAUGUAUAUAAAAUAAACAUACAUCUGUAUUUAUAUAAAUUUUACAUAUGUGUUGCCUUUGAGUAGCUACAUGAAUUUGAUUGGAAACCAUUGUUAGGACAGUUCCAUUAAGCUUAGUGGUUUUGUAAGUUGAAAUAGCCUGUAUAAUUAAACUUCUUCAGAGUUAGUAUCAAAAUUUGCAUUUUUUAAAGCUUUGUACAGUUGUAUAAACAAUAUUUGUCUUUAAUGGAAAACAUAUAUUCUUAUUCUCUUCUGCAGUUUCUGUAAUUUCCACCACAUUAUGUGAUAUUUUUAGAAACGGGUCUAGUGAAGGCAGCAACAAGUGUUUUCAAGUGUGAUUCAUCAUUUCACAAAUGGUAGAGUAAUUCAGACAAGAUACUUCCCAUAAUUGUGGGGUAGAAGAGUAAGUAAGCUCAUAAUUGCAAUUCAGUAGCUAAGCUUUAUCCAACAUCAUUUUGUUAUAUUCAUCUGUUACAAUUAGAGAGUAGGCUACUUGAAAGGAUUCUUCCCACAAUUGCAAAAAGGUUGGUUCCAUUCACAUAUCAUACACUAUAAAAAUGAUUAACUGCCUCAUGAGCAGCAGGAUUAUUUAUUAUAGUUGUCACUGUUCAAGUAUACUUUCCACAUGUAAUAUACAGAACAACUUUGGUCCUGUAAUUCACGUAUUGUUUACUCAGUAAUCUUACCCGGUGUAAGAUUAUUUAAUCCUAAAGUAACAAACAGUAAGAGUUUCCUCUGUUUAAACAGAUGGAUGAUUUGGAAGCAAUACUUCUUGUAUUCGUAGGAAUGGAGAGAAACAUGAUGGUAUAUGUUUGUUGUUUAAACCCAUAAAAUGAAUAAACAUACAGGUAUGCUUCUGAACAUUUCAA